AUGGACUCGGUCAUUGAUCUCUCCGAUGCCUCCAAGGCUCUGGACCUGGCCCGCAUCCGCGCCCAGCUAAUCGCCAUCGACAUCCCCGGCUCCUCCCUCUCCUUCAUGGACUGGUACCUCCGCGAGCAGGAGCGCGUCCAGUCCCGCAUCCGCCGCUACGAGUCCCCGACGAGUACCCCUUUUUCCCGACGCCCUCGAAGCCCCCAUCCUCCCCCGUCCGCUACCCCCAUCCUCCACCCCAACGACGUCAACGUCAACGACAAGAUCAAGUCCUUCUACACCGACCGCUUCCUCCCCGCCGUCUGCCACCGCCGCGACGACCGCGGACCUUCCUCGGAAAACUACGGCUCCACCGCCACCUGCGACAUCGCCUGCCUCCAGGCCAUCUCCCGCCGCAUCCACUUUGGCAAGUUUGUCGCCGAGGCCAAGUUCCGCCUCGAGGAGGAAAAGUACUCGGCCUACAUCCGCGCCCGCGACGCCGACGCCAUCGGCGAGUCCAUCGUCAACAAGGCCGUCGAGGUCCAGGUCCUCGCCCGUCUACGCACCAAGGCCCAGAACUACGGCAAGGACCCCGUCGCCAACAACGAUACCCAGAGCCUCCCCAAGAUCGAUGUCGACGCCGUCGUCGCCAUGUACGAGGACUUUGUCAUACCCCUUACCAAGGAAGUCGAGGUCGAUUACCUCUUGCAAAGGCUGGAAUAG